AUGGAGGCUUUCUGGGGUUUAGUUAGCAUGUUUCAGAGCACGGCCAUGGGGGAUGCAGCACCAGCAGAGCAGCCUGAGCCCAGGGCUGCUCGCCGCCGGCUCUUCGAUGCCAGCAUGAGGAGCGUGGCCAGGAGGCUGAGGACUUUCCAGCAGUGGCCCCGCACCGCCCCUGUGUCUGCCCGGGACCUGGUGGAGGCUGGAUUUUUCUACCUGGGCCCCGGGGAUGAAGUGCAGUGUUUCUGCUGUGGUGGUGUCCUGAAGGACUGGAGACCUGGUGAUUGCCCCAUAAUAGAGCACCUGCGCUUCUUCCCUUCCUGUAAAUACCUCAGUGGUGAGGAUGUUGGGAACCAGGAGAUGCUGUCCCUGCAGGAGAUCUUUGACACUGUGGAUGGGCAGUUCCUGAGUGUCUUGCAGGGGAUAGUCAGUGAGGAGACAGCCCUGCCCAACGAGCCGGAGUACCCUGAGAUGGUGACAGAGGAGAUGAGACUGUCUACAUUUGAGAACUGGCCGCAAAAUUCCAGCAUGCAUCCAGAGCAACUGGCUAGAGCAGGGUUCUUUUACACAGGACGAGGAGAUGUAGUGAGGUGUUUUUACUGUGAUGGAGGCGUGAGGAGCUGGUCCUUUGGAGAUGAUCCUUGGAGGGAACAUGCCAAAUGGUACCCAGAGUGUGAAUUUUUACUUCACUCAAGGGGGAGAGAAUUUGUUAACAGCGUUCAGGCGACCUUUUCUAACACCCUGCUGGCUCCAAGACGUUCCUGGGAUCAGACUGAGCAAGACUCUUCUCCCUCCCAGGAUCCUCUGAGGGACUGGAAAUUGCUGGCUCAUCCUUCUGAUGAUCAGAGUUUCAUAGUGCAGAAUGUCCUGCAGAUGGGCUUUGACCCCACCUGGGUGGCAAACCUGGUAGAGAAUAAAUUUAUGCUGACUGGGACUUUCUACCUGUCUGAGUCUGAGCUGAUUUCAGACCUGCUGCAGUCAGGCUGGGGGGCCAGCAGCAGUGCAGGAGGAAGGAGAGGUGCUGUUCAGAGAGAGACUGGAACAUCAAGACAAGAAAUGCGAUCUGUGCAGCAGAAGGAAUCAGAUGAGUCUCAGCUGAGCACAGAAGAGCAGCUCCGGCGCCUGCGAGAGGAGAGGAUGUGCAAAGUGUGCAUGGACAGAGAUGUGUCUGUUGUGUUUGUUCCCUGUGGCCACCUGGUAGCUUGUGAAGAAUGUGCCCUCAAUUUGAGGCUGUGUCCCAUCUGCAGAGCUGUCAUCCAGGGCAGUGUGAGAGCCUUCAUGUCCUGAGCCAUGGUGCACCCAAGGGGAAAGAUAAGUCCCUACAACUCAUUGAUAACUCAGCAGAGGGAGAAAAUAAAUAAAUAGUUUGCUGGAGCAAUCUUAUUUGCAGGGUAGCUUGGCAAAAGUGU